CAAGGUCUUCAGCAAGUGGGCGCCGUUCCAAAGGCCUAUCCCACGCCUACUACUGGAGUGGACUGGCCCGGGUGGCUGGCGGCCCAUCAUCUUGUCCUCCCUGGCCGGCGCGCGCCCUGCCUCCCUCUCCCCGCCGCCCCGCUGACAGCCACUCUCCGGGGGCGCCGCGUGGGGGCGUGCGGGCGGCGGCCUGAGCAUGGCGGGCGGCGGCGGGCGGCCAGACGGCCCCGAGUGAGGCGGCGUGUGGUGGCCGCCCUGGCCGGCGAGCUGCGCGGCGCACGGCGAUGGCAACGUACGACGACAGGCAGUGGAUCCUGUCGCACGUCCAGAACUCCUACGUGACCAGCGAUGACACGGGCCUGUGUGAGGUGGUGGUGCAGCCGGAGGUGGGUGGGGCGGGCGUGGUGGAGUUCCCAUGCCUUGCCAACACCGACUCACCACCCCACAUUAAUGACGACCCUCCACCACACUCCCUUGACAUUGCCCCAGAUAUGGACUUUGUGGGUCACCGCCAGAGGUCGUACACUGCUCAGAGGCUGGAGGUGAUGCGGAAGGAGAAGAAGAAUGCCUCCAAGGUGAAGAGAGUGGUAUGGAAGCAUAGUACAGCUCCAAUUGACGAGAGUGAGUUGAAUGAGCUGUUUUCCCGUAAAGCUGUGAUAUCUUCUCGCAAUCCCCAAGACUCUCCUCUACCCCAGCAGGCUCCUGUCUCUCUCCUCUCCCGCCUUGUGCAGCAAUAUCCUGACGGUCUAAAUAAUCCAUUUCUUGAAUAUGCCAAGUUUGAUGGAAUGACGCACACAAACGUCCAGGCUCGUCGCAUUAGCAUUUACUUGUUAAUCGGAGACAACCCGGCGCCUAACUACCCCUUGGUUGUCUCCGUCAUAAACUGUCACCAAGCACGGGUUAUUGAUCUCAUCGGCCUGAUAUGCUGGCUCUAUACCAAAGAAAACAGACAGCCGCCCCUCAGGGGCGGUGUGGAGCAUUAUGCCUUGCAUAUUGCAGAGGAGGAUGGGCAGGUGGACUGGGACUUCCAGGCCCUGCGGCCGAGAGAUGUCAUUGAAAAGUUUGGUUUCAAUGUUUUGGCGCUAGUCGAGAAGAAGAGUGCCCGGGAGGGAGCGCAAGAGGUUGUAGUCACGCUCAAUGUAGCCGGUGGAACCUUUAGUAAGAUAACGGUGGAGAGCCACAUCACACUAAAAGAAAUUCUCAAUAGAACAAUAAGUAAGAGGAAAGACAUGGUCAGAAUAAAAGAUGCUGGGCUGAACUACCACCUGGAGCGGGAGGACGAGCCGGGCAUUGCACUGGACCCAGACAAGACACUCGCUGACAUAAACUGUACAGAGUUUGCCGUUGUGCGGGACAACAGCAAGAGGCACGAGCCCCACAUGGAGUCCAACAACAUGUCGGUGGUUGAGGCGACGCUGUACAAGGCCUACCGGGUUUUGUGGCUCUACAAGUUUGGCAAGUGUGAGGCCUCGCUGGGAAUAUCUGGUGAGAAAUUUGAAGUCCAUCCGCUGCAGCCCAAGACGCCGGGUCCCUUCCCUCCCCUGCGCCCCCGAGCACCCGUCACCUACAACAUGGACCAGGUGGUAGACUGCAGCCGCAAGGCGGAGAAGAAAGGCAAAGUGGAUAUUCAGAUAACCUGUCAAGGAGAAAACAGGUUCAAGGAUUUUAUAUUUGAGUGCGACACCAAAAUGGGACAGGAAAUACUGGACAAGUGCAAGCAUAUCUUUGACCUUCGCUCUAGUUCAGUCCGGAAGGAGUUCUGGCGGGAGAAGAAGCCAUUCCGGAGACACAACAGCCUCUCCAUGCGGAGGCGGCCUAGGACGGAAAACCACGUGAAUGAGGUGUAGUGAGGCGCGGCAUUCCUCCCCCUUCCUACACUGCUGGACUGACUGGAAAAGUGUGGUGACAGUGUUCCUCCCCCUUCCUACACUGAUGGACUGACUGGAGAGGUGUGGUGAGACGUGGUGUUCCUCUCCUUUCCUACACUGAUGGACUGACUGGAAAAGUGCAGUGACAGUGUUCCUCCCCCUUCCUGCACUGAUGGACUGACUGGAAAAGUGCAGUGACAGUGUUCCUCUCCCUUCCUGCACUGAUGGACUGACUGGAGAGGUGUGGUGAUUUUUCCUCUUCUUCCCUGUACCACUGGCUGACUGGAGAGGUGUGACAGUGUACCUCUACCCCCCCUGUACCACUGGCUGACUGGAGAGGCGUGGUGACUGUACCUCUACCCCCCUGUACCACUGGCUGACUGGAGAGGUUUGGUGACUUCCUCCCCCUCCCUGCAUCACUGACUGACUGGAGAGGUGCAGUGACUUGUGUUCCUCUCCCUGCUCUGGCCGGCUGACUGGGGGUGCGGUCACAGUGCUGCGGUGCGGUGAACUGUGUUGUUGUAGAGGUUGGCAAUACUUCAGUAUUUUCCUUUUCUUGUGCCCCCUUCAAGAGUGACACAAGUUAUCCACUCCGAGAUGCCUUUGUGUAAAGAUUAUUUAUGACGUUUUAUACUUAAAAAAGACAGUGGUUUGAUUGUUGGUUGAGAUUCCAACAGAUGUGUAGUUCUCAUUUUCAGAGCAAACACUACAUUUCCUAAAUAAAUGUGCAUAUGUAUUUUUCAGAAUGUAGUUGACUAGGGCAGUUUGUAUUUAAUGAAGCAAGUUACCCUCGCUGAAUUAUUGAUGAUAAUUUAUAGUAUUUGAUAUUUAAGAGGUACUUAAUAAUACUUUAGGAAUAAACUAGUCCAAAGCCUCAUAUGUUCUUCCCGAGUCAUGCAGUAGAACUUUCCGCUCAGUGUAAGUGGCUCCCAAGUGCUUCCAGUGGCAUCAACAAUGAGACAGUUUGAUUCUUUGAAGACAAUGCAGCACCAUGCUGACAUUUUCUUAACGGAACACCCAAAGAGUGUUACCAUGCAUACUCAUGUGAAAGUCGGCUACCUCGGGUGGGAUUCAGGAAUAAGUUUUACCCUAAGAAAAGUCAGCUUCCCAUGUUUGAUUAAAGAGUAAUUUUCACCCUUAGAAAAGUGAUAUCCUUGGAAAAGUUUAUCCCCUAAACUCAGCCCUGGAAAAUGUCCUUCAAACAAUGCGAUGUUCACAUGAGUACGUGCGGCGGGUGUAGCACUUGAGCCAGUUAUUAGUCCUACAGGUAUUCUGUUUGCCACAGCAUCCUGUGAAGCAUUACAAGAUUGCAUCAUUGCCUGAUUUACUAGCUGAGGAUGUCUUAGUGGUGUUGGUGGCGUUAGGAUGGUGUGGAAGCAUUCCCUGUUUUGUUGCCUCUGUCCUGUGUUGAGUGGCUGAGAGCAAGUAGUGGUAGUGAGGCACUCUGCUGCACUCCAGCCCCUGUCAAGAACAAUGCUCACCUGUGGCAGCACUGCCUGAGUACCAUUCCUUUAGCCUGCUGCAACACACUCCAAUGCCAUAUUUUUGCUCACAUGAAUGCACUCCCAUAUACUCUUUGUUCCAUCAAGAUAAUGUAAUUGAUUGGUGAUUACUGAUACAUUAAUGAUGCAGCAUCCCACUUUGUGCUGUCACAAUAAAGAGGUCAGAGGUAAUGGCACACAGCUGGUGCCUUGGGGUGGGCACUGCCCUAACAGACUAUCUGGGAAAGAGUAUAGUGUCUUUAGCAGCUGCGUGAGUGUUAGCUUUCCAGUUUGUUGGGUGCAUCUUAUGUUUUGUGGUUUGUACAGGAGACGUCCUGGUGAUUUUAUUGUGUUCCUUAUGUACAGCUGCAGCCAAAACUAUCAAUCCACCUUAUGCUAAAAUCCUGGCUUGUUGCCCCUCUGAGCAGUGUCUCCUCCUCCCUGCCAGUUCAUCCACCACCCCCUGCCCUCUCCCUCUUUCACCUUCCAUCCGCCCCCCUAGCUCAGGUGACUUGCUUCUUGGUAAGGGACUGCUUAUCUACUGCACUGUAAACUUGUGCAUAAGUCUCUUUCCUGCCAAUUCAUCCACCACUUUCCUCUCCCUACCUCACCUUCCAUCCUCCUCCUGCCCGGUGUGAAUUGCCAUGCACUUUAUAAAGGGCUGCUGGCUCAUAACUUUAGUAAGGUGCAUCAGUAUUUCUGUCUGCAGCCGCACACGAAUAUCAGGUGAAGCACGGAAGCUUACCCACAGCAGCAAGGGUUAUCCUUCCAGUGUGUGACAUACUCUCCUGGUUAUGACAGCUGACAAUUUCCCUGUGCUGGUUUUCUAUUAGGAAAAGCCUCUGAUCAAUGAAACAGACAUGAUCCAAGUUGUCGUGUGAGUCUUCCUGAAUCACAAGGCUGCCAGCGUCUUCGUGGCCAAAAUAUAUAUCAUGCCAGCAACAGACCUCUGCCAAGUGUCCUUUAUCUUGUGGAGGCAGGACUGGAGGCACGAUGAUCAUUGUUAGUGUCCAAAACUGUACCACUCACUAACUACAGCGUUGUCAGUACUUGUAGUAAACUCUAACAAGAGUCUCAUAGCUUUUCAUAAUUUGGUGGUUGCAGUCGUUAUUGUAAAGGUUCACAAUUAUAUUGGUUGAUAUUCUUGGAGCAAUCAUGAUGGAGUUGAAUGCAUGGAGACUUGACCAUAAAUAGCAGAUUUACAGUCAAGUUUUAUGUAAAAUUCCAGUGAUAAUGACAUCUUUGUAGCAAGAAUAUUGUGAGGGACUGCUGCAUAUACUCAUGUAAGAGUUGACCACUCAUUUCUAUGGUAUGUAGUAAUACUGGUAGUAGUAGUGGUAGUGGUUGUAGUAGUUGUAGUUGCAGCCUCCAGAAAAGUAAUAUCCAUGUAAACUUGGCCUUAAAAAAAUCAGUUGAAAAAAGGCUUUUACAUAAGUAUAUAGAGUGAUAUUUUGUCCACAGGGGAAACCUUCAGAGCAACCCUGUUAACAGUUAUAUGACAUGGAACAGCCUCGGCUCUGGCCAGGGUCUGGGAACAAUUCAUAAUCAUAUAGAAACUUUGUUGCAGUUGAUUAUUGAGUACUUACCUCAUGAUUCUUUGCCUGGAUACUUAAGGUGACAGGGACUUAAGCUUCAAAACUUGUCAGUGUGUGUUGGUUAGUAUUAAGCACGAAGAGUAGAUCCUCUGUGUCUUGCUGCAGAUCACAAACACACGUUGGACACAAGCAGAGGUUGAUCGUAUUGAAAGUUUCUUGAGGAAUGUCCAGGAAGUUGGUUCUCAAAGUUGAUCAGAGCAAAUUGUGGUUGUGCUAUGUUGGACUCCCUCAUCUUGAACUUGUUUAAUGCCAAUGAGUGAAAGAGAGUUAGUUGUUUAAGAGAAAGCAAAAUGCUGACUUGUAUAAAUGGUAUUUGUUCCUCCCAACACUGGAUCAGUGUGUGGCACAGACUUCGGUUAAUUGUGGAAAUAUUGAACAAAACUUGUAUCACUCAGAACUUGAUUUUCUUUUUAAAGAAAAGAAAUUGUUAAAGCUUCGGGAAAUGCAGCUGUUUAGGGGUAAAUUUAAGAAAGUGUUAUCCACAUUUUUGUGCCAAGCAGAAGAGUCUUGAAGCCGCGCCGUGGCUGAGCCUGAUGCAGUUCAGCUCGGACAAUUAAGUCACUGGGAACCGUGUCAGGAACGGCUUCAGGUUGGGGAGGAACAGCCACACUGCUGUAUUUAAACAUUUUUACUUAGUUGAAAAUAAAUUUAUUGUAUA